AUGUUUGAUGCCGGCGUCAGGAACAAGCCGCGUCUCAUUCGUCCGUUACCACAUCAUCCACACAGACGUGGAUUACACGAACAGCACAUAGGGCGUCCCGUGUAUCGGAGUAAACCCGUGGUUAAGAUCAAGGUGCUGUACUUUGCGCCGGCGCCCCAUGAGAACACGGUCCGCGUGAAGAGAGCCCACAGCUACCGGAAUAGAGCAACACCAUUGCACCGUCUGCUGCUCGGCAAGUAUCUGCACGUCACAUCCACCAUUGAUAGCAUCAUGUUUGCGCUCAACGCUGAGUACUUUGACGACAUGACACUUACAGAUGGAGAUGAAGUGGCGCUCAUCCCUCCCAUUAGUGGUGGUGAGUGA